UCUAUUCAUAACAUUUUCAAAAGCCUCACCUGUUCCCUUUGUGAUAAAUCUGCCUUCAUACGUUUGGCGUACUGAUUGGGAUUUAUGACACCCCGCCCUCCCCUUCCUCUCACAUGUUGUGUAUGAAGAUGUUUAAGCGCCCCUCGCUGAUGAACAAUGUACGUAAGUCCAGUACGUUCGGUCGGGUGAUGUGCGAUGUAGUCAUUACACACACCCUGUUUCUUGCAGACCCCAUCGAUCAGAAGUUAGGGACGUCAACGAGCUGUAAGUCUAUUCUUAGAUGAAAGAUUUCUCUAGCAAGUCUGGUAGGCACCGGUGUUUCGGAAUUUACGCAGAUGGACAUUUUUUUUUUUUUACAUUGGGGACAGACGACAUUUAGCGUGGGACUCUUAAAAUAACCAACACAUCUAGCAAAACCUACUUUUUGAUGACAAAAUAUUUCACAUCAAAGAUUUCGUGCAUCAGAGCAUGCAUUGCUAGGGAAUGGCUGGGUCAUCGAACGGAUCUAACAUUACGCGUAACUUCACCAAUCAGUUUAUUCAGCCUCCGUGGCGAGUUGCGCUUUGGUCAGUAGCAUACAGUUCUGUGUUGGCAGUUGCUGUAUUUGGAAAUUUGAUUGUGAUAUGGAUCAUAUUGGCCCACAAGCGAAUGCGAACGGUUACAAAUUAUUUCUUGCUUAACUUAGCAUUCUCUGAUGCUUCAAUGGCUGCCUUCAACACACUUAUUAAUUUCAUUUACGCCACUCAUGGCGACUGGUACUUUGGAGAGGCAUAUUGCAAGUUCCACAACUUCUUCCCCGUCACCGCUGUGUUUGCUAGCAUCUAUUCCAUGUCUGCCAUUGCUGUUGACAGGUAUAUGGCUAUAAUACAUCCUCUGAAGCCCCGUUUGUCAGCCACAGCAACUAAAGUGGUAAUCAUGUGCAUCUGGGCACUGGCUAUUGUGUUGGCCUUCCCACUCUGUUACUACUCUACCACCUGGAAGACGCCCCAAAGAACGCUGUGUUACGUGGCCUGGCCAAGACCCUCUGAUGACCCCUUCAUGUAUCACAUCAUUGUGGCUGUGUUGAUUUACAUGCUCCCCCUGGUGGUCAUGGGUAUCACCUACACUGUUGUGGGCAGGACGCUGUGGGGUGCAGAGAUACCCGGGGACUCGUCAGAUAACUACCACGACCAGCUACGUGCUAAGAGAAAGGUGGUGAAGAUGAUGAUUGUGGUGGUGGUGACAUUUGCCAUCUGUUGGCUGCCGUACCAUGUGUAUUUCAUCGUGACUGGCCUCAAUAAACGACUGAACCGCUGGAAAUCCAUUCAGCAGGUCUAUUUGUUUGUGCUGUGGUUGGCCAUGAGUUCCACAAUGUACAACCCCAUCAUCUACUGCUGCCUCAAUGGAAGGUUUCGGGCGGGGUUCAAACAGGCGCUCCGCUGGUGCCCGUUCGUACAUGUCUCGAGUGCAGAUGAGCUGGAGCUGCGCGCCAUUCGCUCCCAGCCGCGCAACCAGAGCAGCAUGUGCACGCUGUCCCGCGUCGAGACCAGCCUCCAUGGAGAUGAACGGGUCCGCAGCCGCGACAAGCCUGGCAAACCACUUGGUCAAACAGGCGUCGCUAACGGCAGUGCUAAAGAGAGCGAGUCAGCUGCUGUUUCUGAUCUCCAGGGUCUGCAGGAGAACAGGACAUCAGGGCAGCUCAGCUGAAGAGAGCUGAAAGUUGAGCCAGCCAGCCAAUUCUAAAUUAAGAAUAUUGUUAUGAAAUUUAAUGAAUGUGUAUAUAUAAAAUAUGAUAGUAAGAUGAGUUUCUGUGCAUAAUUUCUCUGAAUGUAUAUUGCUGCUUUUGAUGUAGGAGGGCUAGUGUGUAUUAUGUGCCAAAAUCCAUUUGUGAGUACUAGUCUUUAUGCUGCUUAUUCUAGGAAGAGAAAGGAAACAGCAAACCAGACACAUGUUGGUGUUUUUGUUGUGGUAUUUUCAGAAAUUACCUUUUAAAAGCAGUUAAACAAGUGUGCAAUACUACAUGCUAUUAAAUGCUGAAUGAACAUUUGCCAGGUUUUAAUGUACCUUAUAAAAUGUCAAUAUCCUCAGUAUUGUGAGAGUGUGUUAGUACUUCCUUAAAGGCCUGUAGCAUCUCUAUCCAGAAAACUCUUAUGAGAUGUUGUUGUUGAGGUUCUUCGUGAUGUUUUGCAACUACUACACAUUCAGUAUUAUGUGUGCAGUUUCAUCUUUGACAAUUCAUAAUUUGAAUAAUUCUGGUGUCAAUUUCUUGUAAUAUGUAUGUUGUAAUAUCGUCAAUAAAAGAAUAAAUUCACAACAAAA